GCCUGUCAGUUUUAUCAAAAUACACAGCAAACAGCAAGCAAAUUACCAAUUUGCACCUCCCAAAAUUAUUGCUCCCGUGCCCCGCCGUGUGUUUGUUUGCGUGACUCAUUUACCGUUACCAUUGGCCUGCCUGUUCCCGACGCUCCACGCGACCCACCGGUGAAAGGGACCGCCGCCAGGUUGCGUCCCCCGGAAACGCUCGCGUUACGCCCACCACCAGCAGCCCGGGAGUUCGGUCCGGGAAGAAGGCCCCCGCCAAGUGGUUGCCCUCCAGUGUGGUCCCAGCGCUGCGUACGUAGGUUGAGCGUACGCAACAGCACCCAGCGGCCAAGAUUGAGCCCGACGGAGCAGCUGCCAGGAUGUCGGGUGAUCAGAAAACCCUCAUCAAGGGCAAUCCGUCCCAGUACGUGAAGCUGAACAUUGGCGGCUGCCUGCACUACACCACGAUCGGGACGCUCUGCAAGCAGGACACGAUGCUGCGGGCCAUGUUUAGUGGGCGGCUGGAGGUGCUCACCGACUCGGAAGGUUGGAUUCUGAUCGAUCGCUGCGGCACACACUUUGGCACGAUACUGAACUUCCUGCGGGACGGUAGCGUGGCGCUGCCGGAAACGACCAAAGGCAUCGCGGAGCUGCUGGCCGAAUCGAAGUACUACUGCAUCGAGGAGCUCAUCGAGGCGUGCGAGAAGGUGCUGGCGAAGAAGGAGCGCGAAUCGGAACCGAUCUGCCGGGUGCCGCUGAUUACGUCGCAAAAGGAGGAACAGUAUCUGAUCAGCACGGCCACCAAGCCGGUAGUGAAGCUGCUGAUCAACCGGCACAACAACAAGUACUCGUACACGAACACAUCGGACGACAAUCUGCUGAAGAACAUCGAGCUGUUCGAUAAGCUUUCGUUGCGCUUCAGUGGGCGCGUGUUCUUCAUCAAGGAUGUGAUCGGUUCGAGCGAGAUCUGCUGCUGGUCGUUCUACGGCAACGGGAAGAAGGUGGCGGAAGUGUGCUGCACCUCGAUCGUGUACGCCACGGACAAGAAGCACACGAAGGUGGAGUUCCCGGAGGCGAGGAUCUUCGAGGAAACGCUUAACAUACUGCUGUACGAGAACAAGAACGCCCCGGACCAGGAGCUGAUGCAGGCGACGUCGCUGCGCGGUGCGGUCGGCGGCAUCAGCUCGUACACGAGCGACGAGGAGGAGGAGCGGACCGGGCUGGCCAGGUUACGGUCGAACAAGCAGAACAAUCCUACAUGAUUCACACAUCAGCUAGUGCUGAAGCGGAAGCUGUUGCCAAAGAGGAACUGAACCGUUUGCCCCCGGGGGCCCCCUCGCUCACGUCUAAACCAACCGCACACACACACGGGCCAGCUCGAAUCGUUUCUAGUGUGUGUGUGUGUGCGAAUGUGUAUGAGUGCUCGUGGGUCGUGUGUGCAUGUGAGCAAUGACGCAAAAUGAACAAAAUGGGAAUAGCUAUGAGAGAAACAAGUUAAAAUUAAGAACGCGUUCACCUCCCUCCUUCCUGGAGGGUCAAUCCUAAACCGAAUCGUAUAAAUAUUAACUUAUCUUCCCCCCUCUCCUGUCUGGGAGCAAUCCUGCGCAAACACCAAAGGAAGAUGGAUUGAACAUUACGGAGGGGAGAGCCUUUGCGCUCCGUGGAAAAAGUAAAAAAACUACGGUAAUUCAAUUUUACAGUUAAUUCAACACACUCAGAACUGGAUUGUGGCGAAAGAAGCAGAAAGUGGCAGUGGAUAACUCUAUACACACAUACACAAUAUCUCCAUGAAGCUCUAAAGGCAUUAACUUUAAAACCACGCAUAGUAAAAAAGAAUAAUAAAUAAUUAAAAAAUAAAAACAUUCUAUUAGAUAUAAA